UAAAUGAAAUAAAAAGUUGUGUACCAGAACUAGGAAGUAGGAAGAUCCGGUUACAAAGCCUCGUAAAUCCACUUAUUCCAUUUAUAGCGAUUGUAGUCGCAAAUAAAACACUUACGUCUAAGGCCUAGGCCUUAUCUUGAGAUAGAAUAAAACAAGAACUUAGUUUUAAAAAACGAUUACCUCAUUCAGUCCCAGUAAUCAGUAAUCAGUAAUGAUUGAUCAAUGAGUCAGUGCUCAUGAUACAGGAGUCAGUGCUCAUGAUACAGGUUCAAUGAUACAAUUACAAGUAAUUAUUAAUAUAAAAAUAUUACUUUGAUAUGGCAUAAUUAAUAAACUAAAAAGUUGUAAAAAGGCUACCACUUUAGACUUUAGUCCAUUUAUUAAUUAUUAUUAUUAAUAAAAUAAAUGCUAGUAACUAGUAAUUGUAUUUAUUAACUGACUAGUCUAAUACUAAUUGUUAAUUAUUAACAAUUAGUCUAGUAUUAGACUAGUCUGACUAUUAAUUAAUUUAUACUAUGGUAACUACCAAAAAAACAACAACAACCAUAGUAUAGAAUGACAUGCUUACAUAUGAUGAAUAUAAUAGAUAGACCUUCGAAUAUAAUAUUAAGAAUUAACAUACUAUUUUGUUUAUUUUAUUUAUAUUCAUGAUUCAUGUAAUUUCUCAUAGUCAAAACUAAAAUUAUGCAAAAAAUUUUUUUGACAAACAGAUUGAAAGUUAAAAGAAUUUUUAUUUUAAACUAAUGGAAGCUCUCUUUAGUAGUACAAGAGCAGCAAGAAAAUCCUGUUCUCCUGAUGGCUAAAUAAUAAAAAAGCAUCACAGAAAUGACAAUGGGUUUGUAUCAUUUUCCUGUUUAUUCUCUGCAAAUUUAUAUAGUUAUAUAGCCUAUAUACUAUAUAUGUAUAUUUGAUGAAAAAUGGUACAUUGUAGAACUAAUUUGUUCUUUAUUAAAUAUCUCUAGAUUUUUUUAUGCACCAGUAAUUAAUUUUCAAUAAAAAUCAUUCUAUUUAAAUACAAUACCAGUAAGUAUAAAAAUUUGGUUCAAUUUACGCUUUACAUCUUACCCCGAGUUUCUGUGUAUGAAUGAACUCACCUUGUUUAAUUGUUAUAGCUAACUUUUAUUUUUUUUAUUAAUAUGCAGAUGGAAUAUUUUUGAUUGAUCACUGUUUUAAAAAGUAUAUUUCAUAGUGUGGUUACUAAUUCAAAACUAGGCUAUUUUAUUGUGAUGUUUAAAUAAUGCAUGUUGACUUUUCUUACAUAUUUUGGAAUUAAUUUUUGGUUGAACCUGUAAUAAAGAGUUUUAAAGAGUAAUUGACGAAACUGUAAGUUGGGUUUCAUUAAUUAAAAAUUAUUUUUAUUGUUUUUCUUCAUUUUUACAUUUUCCUCACCACUGUAGCACACAUGGUUUAAUUGAGGGAAGGUGUCGACCGCAGAUCAUUUGACACUGCUUGCCUCAUAUCUAAAGGAACAUAUAAUAAAGUUGCUAAAUACGCCACAAACAAAAAGUAUAGCUUAUUUUUUUGUUUGAAAUUUAAACUAUUCUCUAAAUGUUUUAUUCUACUGUAACACACAGUCUCUAUUUUCCCUCCCUAUUAUUACCGGUGUGUUGGUUACUAAAUUUUUUACAUCUGUUAUGAUGGCAACAAAGUUGAAAGCCAUGUUAAAAAAAGUAGUAACUAAUGUGGGGCAAAGUGCUGAGCCAUAUAGUGCAAAUUUACCAAAAAUUGAUCUUAAAAUCUGGAAUCUCAAUUUUUUUAACGUGGAGCUGAUUUAUUUUGAUGGGAAAUAAUAAUUGAUACAUUUCUUUAAUAUGAGCUGGACACUAUCUGUUACUGUGGAAAAUUUUAUUUCAAUAUCUUCAUUAAUGGAAUAGUUAUGCAAUUUCUUUAUAUUUAUUUUUUAGUAUAGAUUUUACCAAAUGUCAAGACUAACCACACCAUCUGAUUAGAUUAAUUUAAGAACAAUUUAAAAAUUAAUUAAAAGUUUAUCACUCCUAUCUUUUUCAAUGUUGUUUUGUUAGAGUCUUCUCAUAAUUUGAUCACUGCACCAUUUUCUGGAACCAGCUCCCCUUCCAUAUACGUCAUAGUGAAACCUCGUCCAUUUUCAAAAAGUCCCUUAAAACUCAUCUGUUUAGGUCCGCCUAUGACCUGUGAUGCACUCUCCUUGCCCUACCUAAUUUUCUGUUUCGGUUUAAUCCUGAAGUGUCAAAGUGUCCUCUUUUUAUAGCCAUUUUCAUUGUUUCUAUAGAAUAUUAGUUACUAUCCUAGUGUCUCAUUUGUAUUUAAUUAGUUUACAUGUUUUAAUAAUUGUAAAGCGCUUAGAGCUUUAUGAUAAGCGCUAUAUAAAAAUGCCUAAAUAAAUAAAUAAAAUAAAUAAAAAACAAGAAAGUUACAAACUUAAUUUUAAAGAAAGAUUAUAGGCCUAAUAAUAAUUCUGCAUCACAUGGCUUAAAUAAGGUCGUUAAAAAAAAAUCAAGCUUGUCUUCUCUAAGUGGUAGAAAGAUAAUCUUUGGUGUCUUUGGAAAGCUAAAUGCCAACCCUUUCAACAGUAUGUUUUUGUGCAUGUUAGAUGCGUUUGAAAAUUUUCAGCUUCUUCAGUUGGUUGCAGCGUCCUAUAAACUUACAUGCCGUUUUUGUCUUAAUUAUUGGCUUACAUUUAAGAUGUAGGCACACUUUUCCUUGGAACCGGAAAGUCAUGCCACACCUCUGAAAAUAUUAAGAUAGCUUCUUAAUGCCCAUAAGAUGAUAUAAUUAUUAUUUUAGAAGUUUUGAUUUCUUGUGAGUUUUAUCAGAAUAAGUAUUUCUUUGCAGAUCUGACUUCAAAAAGCGAGCUUUUCCAGCUUAUAGAAGAGUUAAAACAGGACAAUGUCAUCAAACCUCAUCGUUAUUUCCUGAAAGUAUUAAAAAGCUCUUUUACUGGUGAAGAGUUUUUGGACUGGGCUAAGCAAAAGAAAAAUAUAGGUAGAAAUUAUUACUCAUUUUUAGCAAGGUAUUUAACUCAUUUUUAGUUCUGAAUCUAAAAAUUCAAAACAUUAUUAUCACCAAUAUUCAACUAUUGUUUUAAAAAAUAAACAUAGAUCACUGGUACCUUAAAAUGGGUUGUUAGGGUUGUUCCCUUGGGAUUAGUAGUGUUAACUUGAGGCUGGCAGUGGUUUACUUGCUUGGGGUUGGUAGUAUUGUUGUCAGUGUUUACUUGAUGUUGGUAGUGUUUACUAGAGGGGUUGUUCAUUCGGGGUUGUUCACUUAGGGUUAAAUGGGUUGUGAGAGUGUUCACUUGGGGUUGGCAAUUGGUAUGGAAGGAGUAAGUUGGAAGUGGGAGAUGGUCCAUUGGAAUGAAAUAAAUGGUCCUUGGGAAUGAAAUAAAUGGUCCUUGGGAAUGAAAUAAAUGGUCUAUUGGAAUGUGUGAGUUGGUCUAAUGGAAUGUGUGAGUUGAUCUAUUGGAAUGUGUGAGUUGAUCUAUUGGAAUGAAAAAAAUGUUUCAUUUGAAUGUGUGAGUUGGUCUAUUGGGAUAUAAAAGUUGCUUCAAGAUUAUUGGAAAUCGUCAACACAUUUCACUCUGAAUUGUAAACUACUUUCACUGGGCUCAUAGUGAAUUUGAGGAAUUCAAACUUCUUUGAUCUUUGAUUCUCUGCCUUUAUUGCUGGCUGCAUGCAGAUCUAGCUCUUAUUGAUGGUCUGGUAUUUCUGCACAUAAAAACAUAUCAGUCCUGUAUGUGGUGUGCUACUAAAAAUUUGAAUAAACUUGUUCAUAUUCCUCGAUAUUUUUAGGCUCUUGUCCAGUCUAUUCUCUAAUCAAAGCAUAACACUGGUUAUCUAUAGAUAAUAAUUUUCUCAAUAUUUAAUUUUAAUGCUUUUAAUCAAGUCUGAAUUAAUUAUGUCAGUAACGUUCACACUUAUCUGACCUAUUAGAUUUAUUUGUUUUGUAAAAGUCAUCAAUCAACCUUUGACCCCAUUUUUUUGAGUGGAUAUCAAAUGAACCCCAUAAUCUAUUGAAGAGGCACAGAAUAAAAUUAAAAAUUUUCUUGUUUCAGAUGAUAAAAAAGCUCUAGAUAUUGGAGAAGGUUUGCUAAAACAUCAAGUUAUAAAGCCCCACAAAGCCCAGGGAGCCACUACAUUCAACCCCACACUCCUUUAUAUUCUAGUAGAGGAUGAUGAAAGUGACGCUCUUAAUGCUGGGAAUGUUUCAGAAGAUGUCCAGACAACGACAGGUAAACAAUGACUUAGGAUGAUACAAGAGAAUCACUUAAUCCUGAUGGUGUCCACAUUUCAUGGUAGAAUAACAAUGUGUCCUGAAAUAAGCUGUGUUGGCUCAAAUAUUGGAGUUGUCGUCAGCAUGUGGUUAUUUAAAUAGAUUUCAUUAGAAAAUAACUUAUUUUUUUACUAUUGUACAAACAAAGCAUAAUUGUCUGCAGCACACUAAAUAUUUUCAUAGUAGAUGACUGUACAAAGAAACAUAACUGACUCUUAAAAUGUACACACCUUUUAUACUUAAGCUUUGAAGACCCCAACCAAUGAACACUCAGUGGACAUGCUUUGCUGGAAUCACUCAGUGAACAUGCUUUGCUGAAUUCACUCAGUGGAAAUGUUUUGCUGAAUUCACUCAGUGGACAUGCUUGGCUGAAUUCACUCAGUGGACAUGCUUUGCUGAAUUCACUCAGUGGACAUGCUUUGCUGAAUUCACUCAGUGGACAUGCUUGGCUGAAUUCCCUCAGUGGACAUGCUUGGCUGAAUUCACUCAGUGGACAUGCUUCGCUGGAUUCACUCAGUGGACAUGUUUGGCUGAAUUGACUCAGUGGACAUGCUUCGAUUGAUUCACUCAGUGGACAUGCUAGGCUGAAUUCACUCAGUGGACAUGCUUUGGUGAAUUCACUCAGUGGACAUGCUUUACUGAAUUCACUCAGUGGACAUGCUUUGCUGAAUUCACUUAGUGGACAUGCUUGGCUGAAUUAACUCAGGGGACAUGCUUGGCUGAAUUCACCUCAUGAUUUCAGGAAAAAUUCACUCCCAUCACAACACAAAAUACAAGCCAUAAGACGGCUAAACAACAGCAAAGUCUCUGUCAGAUGAACUAAAUAAAUACUUAUAGAAAACUAACUAGCAUGUUUUACGAAACUGCAUGUAAGCUAAAUAACACCCAAAGACACACACAUCAUUGCUAAUAUAUCAGAAACAAAUUGAACAAAAAUGAAUUUGAAGUUAUAGGUGAAUGAGUUCAGUCUUCUAAAAAUAAAAUCUGACUCCCUCACUUUGGACUAUUUCAGCCUUGUGACAAACAUACUCCAACAUUAAAACACUACAUACAAUCAUAUUCUGAAUUUUCUUUAAAAUUCUUUGUCUAAGUUUGCAGUAAAAUUUGAUAACCAAGAAAGGCUAACUUACGAUAUAAGAUGAAGUUGAGUACAACAAAGGUUGGUCUUACAUUUCAGCUAAUCAAGUCAGUGAGCAGAUGAGGAAGUCGAUUCUCAAACUGUAUGGACGCUUUUUAUCCGAGGAUGGAAGGGUGAGUGUGGCAGGUGGUGGUGGGCAACCCAAAAGAGUGCCCCCCAGUGAGCUUCAAUGUUGCCCCUAAAUUACCCCCGCAGUUUGUUUGCCCACAAUUUACCCUUUGGUCAGUGUUAGGACCUUUUCUAUCCACACUUGAGAGCAACAACACAGUCACACUUGGUCCACACUUAAGUACAACACAGCAACAAAUGUUCCACACUUAAGAGCAACAACAACAUUAUGGAUCUUUACCAUAACAGAUCUUUAUUGACAUUAUCCUAUCACAACAUGUGGUCGUUCACAAAAAGUUCUCUAUCAACAUCUCACUGCACCUGACACUUAUAUUAAGACCACUCUUGCCUCACUGACUGAUGAGGACUUGCCUCUUUCCUCACUGCAACAAUAACUCAACAUAAUGACGAAACUGAACUCCCUGAAAUGACCUUGCAUAACUUGACCAAUCACAGCUCGCUCUCACCAACUCAUACAUACACAAACAAAAACAGUCAGCCCCACUUUUUGCCCCAUAUUUGCCCUACCAUUUGCCCCACUAUUUGCCCUGUUGUUUGCCUCCAUUGCUCUGCUGUUUGCCCUAUGGUUCACCCCAAAAUCGCCCUGCUGUUUGCCCCACAGUUUCCCUGCUGUUGCCUCACAGUUGCCCUGCUGCCUUGCCCCCUGUUUGCCCCACAAUUGCCGUGCUGUUGCCCCACAGUUGGCUUGCCAUUUGUUCCACAAUUUGCCUUGGGUCAGCCUUACUGUUUGCUCCACAGUUGCCCUGCUGUUUUCUCCACAGUUGCCCUGCUGUUUGCCCCACAGUUGCCCUGCUUUUUGCCCCACAGUUGCCCUACUGCCUUGCCCUGCUGUUUGCCUCACAAUUGCCCUGCUGUUUGCCCCUCAGUUACCCUGCCAUUUGCCCCACAGUUGCCCUGCUAUUUGUCCCACAAUUUGCCUUGGGUCAGCCUGUUUGCCCCACAGUUGCCCUGCUGUUUGCCCCACAGUUGCCCUGCUGUUUGCCCAACCUUAUGUCUUAUGGUUUGCCCCACUGUUUGCCCUAGUUAGUCCCACUAUUCCCCUCUCCCCCAUUAAACCUGUUUUCCCUGAAUGGUCUCAAACCUUUAGUAAAUUGUGUGUGUGGUUCGUUAUCAUAAGGGUUCUCUUUUUCAUAUAAAUCAUUUUGGUCCCUGAGACAUAUUUAUUUAAUUGUACUACUGCUGUCUUUUUCUGAGGUUAUUAUUGUCUAACAUACUAAAAUGUUCCAUUUGGGUUUAACAUUUUACAGUAAUCUUUAGAUAUUUAUAUGUGUGUUUCAGUCAGUUGACUAUGAAGGAAUGAAAAAGAGCGAAGAUUUCAAAGCAUACGUGAACCUGACCAAAGUACUGAAAAUAGUGGAUAUUCAAACAAGUUCAAGAGAGGAAAAGCUGGCUUUCUUCAUCAACGUUUACAACGCUUUGGUGAUCCAUGCCAAUAUUGUUAGGGGACCCCCAAACAAUAUGUGGAAACGUUAUAAAGUAGGUCUUAUCAUUAAGACAGGUGUUUCCCCAAUCUGGGCAUCCCACCCUUUGGAUUGGUCAUCGUCAUUUGUGUUAAGAUAAGAUAACAUAAGAUAGAUUCUUGUAUUUGUCCUAGUAAAUGGAAAUAUUUGUUUGAUUACAUUGUACUGUGCAUAUUCAUUUUCAGAACAUAGAUAGAUAUUUGUACCAAGACAAGAUUUUAAACCACAACAAUUUAAACACAGAAAAUCUAUAGUAUUUUUUAAGUACAAAAAAACGAUGGACAUAUACCAUUAAACUUGACUCUCUUAAUGACAAUGUUGACUUCAAGAGUGAUUCUUUAGAUUUUAUAGCUGCCUUCGGAGAAGAAUGCUGUACAAUGCUGAUAGACUGGGGGAGCAUGCUGUACAAUUUUGACAGGCUGGAGGGAGCAUGUUGUACAAUGCUGACAGACUGGGGGGAGCAUGCUGUACAAUUUUGACAGGCUGGGGGAGCAUUCUGUUCAAUUCUGACAGGCUUGGGAGAGCAUGAGCAUGAUGUACAAUGAUGACAGACUGGGGGGAGCAUGCAGUACAAUAGUGACAGGCUUGGGAGAGCAUGAGCAUGAUGUACAAUGAUGACAGAUUGGGGGGAGCAUGCUGUACAAUUUUGACAGACUGGAGUAUGCUGUGCAAUUCUGAUCGACUGGGUGAGCAUGCUUGACAUUUCUGACAGGGGGGUGGGAGGGGGGUUGCAUGCUGGAUAAUUCUGACAGACUGGGGAAUAAGUUAAUGUUUUUAUCUUUCAGUGCUAGCUGCUUAUGGUACAAUCAGCAAAGCAAGUAGGCUUGUAAAGCAUUUGCCAUCUUUUAUGUUAAAGAUCAGUUCAUUAGUGGUGUGCUGUAGUUUAUUUGAUGUUCAUAUGUGGAGUGUUGUAGUUUGUUUGAUGUUCAUGAGUGGUGUGCUUUAGUUUAUUUGAUGUUCAUGAGUGGUGUGCUUUAGUUUAUUUGAUGUUCAUUUUUUUUACCAACAUCAAAUACUGGGACAAUAGGUUUAUUAUUUUCUCCAGAACACCAAAUACUGAGGCUAUAGUAAAGACAUUAUUUUAAAGAACACCAAACACCAGUACAAUAAAUUUUGGUUUUUUAUAUUUUUUUUACCAACAUCAAAUACUGGGCCAAUAGGUUUAUUAUUUUCUCCAGAACACCAAAUACUGAGGCUAUAGGUUCAAUAUUAUUUUCCAGAACACCAAAUACUGUGAUAAUAGGUUUAUUAUUAUUUUCCAUAAUACCAAAUACUUGGACAAUAGGUUUCUUAUUAUUUUCCAGAACACCAAAUACAUGUACAACAGAUUUGUGCUAUGCUAAACUUUCUUUGCUUAAUUGAAGUGUAUCUACACUGUAAAUUUGGAAAAAUACACACAUAUAACAGGUUUUUGAACUUUUUAUUUUGUAUGUUGAUCUCUUUUAAAACAAUGGGAAAUCUUGAAAACUUGUUGAUGCAACAAACAGCCAACUAAAAAAAAUGCUAAAGUUUGGCACUUUGCACAGAGCAAAAUGAAUUUUCAUAAACUAUUUAUCACUUCUUUUGCCAAAGCAAAUUAGAAGAUAGAGCUUACAGCUAGUUUUUAAAUAUAUUAUCGGAGGACAUAUUUCAUUGAGGCUAUUGCAGUUGUUGUCGCCAUAUUGAAAAGGGGGCCAAUUAGUAUGAUUUUAAGCACAAAUUUGAACACAAAUAUACCUAAUUGAUAGUUUGGUAAAAUUUCAAGUUUAAGCUACAGAACAACCUUUAAAGUUACAACCACAAAAACAAAAUCCUAAGUACGUCUACCAGUGAUGUCUGUUGAAUGUCACUAAGUUAAAAAACAGCCAACCCUCGUGUUCAGAUAGAUUAAAAAAAAAAAAUCACACAAUCUAAUUGGGUUGUCUUGUUUAUCUUAAUAUGGGACAAUGUAAUUAGUUGGCUUGAUGAGUGGAAACUCUGUGAAACACAUAAUAGUUUAUCACUUAAACAAAAAAUGAGUUCUACAUUUCUAUUAUAUUUGUUUCAGUUUUUCAACAACACCAAGUACAUUAUAAGUGGGAAGACAUUUUCUUUACAAGAUAUAGAAAAUGGAGUCCUACGAGCCAACAGGAAAGGUGUAGGUAAGAAACAUUUCUCGCGAAUGGGUGUGUUAGGUAAGAAACAUUUUAUCACAUAUUGGGUGGUCGAGCGGUCUAAACUGUCUCAAACAAAAUAGCUGGUUGUCUGGAGUUCACACCUCACCAAAGCCAACCUGCCAAGCACCCCGGGUGAAUGGGACUCAUUAGCCUUGGACGGCAACCCAUCUAAGAGAAGGCAAACUCUGAAUUUAAACCAGGAGCCAGAAUGAUCAACAAAUCGAUCAGAAUGAUGGUGAAUUAAAGGAUCGUGUAUAGAAGGAUGGUGAAUUAAAGGAUGGUGAAUUAAAGGAUGGUGUAUAGAAGGAUGGUGAAUUAAAGGAUGGUGAAUUAAAGGAUGGUGUUUAGAAGGAUGGUGAAUUAAAGGAUGGUGUAUAGAAGGAUGGUGAAUUAAAGGAUCGUGUGUAAAAGGAUGGUGAAUUAAAGGAUGGUGUGUAGAAGGAUGGUGAAUUAAAGGAUGGUGUGUAAAAGGAUGGUGAAUUAAAGGAUGGUGUGUAGAAGGAUGGUAAAUUAAAGGAUGGUGUAUAGAAGGGUGGUGAAUUAAAGGAUGGUGUGUAGAAGGAUGGUGAAUUAAAGGAUGGUGAAUUAAAGGAUGGUGUAUAGAAGGAUGGUGAAUUAAAGGAUGGUGUAUAGAAGGAUGGUGAAUUAAAGGAUGGUGUAUAGAAGGAUGGUGAAUUAAAGGAUGGUGUAUAGAAGGAUGGUGAAUUAAAGGAUGGUGUUUAGAACGAUGGUGAAUUAAAGGAUGGUGUGUAGAAGGAUGGUGAAUUAAAGGAUGGUGUGUAGAAGGAUGGUCAAUUAAAGGAUGGUAUGUAGAAGGAUGGUGACGAUCAAUGAAAAAAUCCAAUCUUAUUUCAGGCCAGUUUCUGCUUCCAUUUGGCAAAGAUGAUCCCAGGCUGACAAUGGCGCUCGACAGACAUGAGCCACUUAUUCAUUUUGCUUUGGUCUGUGGAGCCAAGAGUUGUCCCCCAAUCAAAAUGUAUACAGCACAAGUAAGCAUAGAUUUAUUUUAUUGUUGUAUAUACCCUCGGUAUAUACCCUAGGUUGAUCAGUUAUUGUAUAUAGCACAGGUUGAUCUUAUUGUUGUAUGUAUUAUGUACAGUUGCAUAUGUUGAUCCUAUUGUUUUAUGUAGCUUAGUUUGAUCCUAUUGUUGUAUGUAGCUUAGGUUGAUCCUAUUGUUGUAUAUAGCUUAUGUUGAUCCUAUUGUUGUAUGUAGCUUAGGUUGAUCCUGUUGUUUCAUGUAGCUUAGGUUGAUCCUAUUGUUGUAUGUAGCUUAGGUUGAUCGUAUUGUUGUAUGUAGCUUAGGUUGAUCCUAUUGUUGUAUGUAGCUUAGGUUGAUCCUAUUGUUUUAUAUAGCUUAGUUUGAUCCUAUUGUUUCAUGUAGCUUAGGUUGAUCCUAUUGUUGGAUGUAGCUUAGGUUGAUCCUAUUGUUUUAUAUAGCUUAGUUUGAUCCUAUUGUUUCAUGUAGCUUAGGUUGAUCCUAUUGUUGUAUGUAGCUUAGGUUGAUCCUAUUGGUUUAUAUAGCUUUAGGUUGAUCCUAUUGUUGUAUGUAGCUUAGGUUGAUCCUAUUGUUUUAAGUAGCUUAGGUUGAUCCUAUUGUUUUAUAUAGGUUAGGUUGAUCCCAUUGUUUUAUAUAGGUUAGGUUGAUCCUAUUUUUGUAUGUCGCUAAGGUUGAUCCUAUUGUUGUAUAUACCUUAGGUUGUUCCCAUUGUUUUAUAUAGCUUAGGUUGAUCCUAUUGUUGUAUGUAGCUUAGGUUGAUCCUAUUGUUGUAUGUAGCUUAGGUUGAUCCUAUUGUUGUAUAUAGCUUAGUUUGAUCCAAUUGCUAUAUGCUAUUAUAAUUAUUAUUAUUCCUUUACACAAGAAGAUGACCAAGGCAAUUUUCGACUUGAGUAGUUGUUCUUGACUUUCUUGUGUUUAAUGUGAAUGAGAGUUGCUCAAUUCAUCAGCCUUACUCUCUGGUUCUUGCCUGUUUGAUCCAAGGGUCAAACUGAGUGAAGAGGACUUGGAAUAGAUGCAGUAGAUGACCAAUAAUGCGUUUUCUUGUGUGUUUCACUGUGCGCUUUAUGUGUUCAGUGUUAUAUUCUCAAGCGUGGCCUCAUGUUCAUUGUUUCAUACUGCCCAUGGGACUCCAUCUCCAGGUUUGAUUUUAGAGUUUGCCUUCUCUUAGAUGAGUAGCCUUUCAAGGUUAACAGGUCUCAUCCACUUAUUAUGUUAUGUUGGAUUUUCUCUCUGCCUUUUUGCAUUCCCUCUCUGUCUUGUUGGAUUAGGACCAAAUCUUGUUGGAUUUCCUCUCUGUCUUGUAGAAUUUCCUCUCUGUCUUGUUGGAUUUCCUCUCUGUCUUGUUGGAUGUCUUCUAUGUCUUGUUGGAUUUCCUCUGUGUCUUGUUGGAUUUCCUCUUUGUCUUGUUGGAUUUCCUCUCUGUCUUGUUGGAUUAUUUUAUUUUUGUUAGAUUGUUUAUAUUUGUUCAUACUUCUGUUCACCUGGAUGGAGUCGGCACCUGUAAUACUUUGAAAUCUUGUAUUUGCCUAUAAUUAUUUUUUUAAUAAUUGUUAAUAUUAAUUCUAACCAGCUAAAGUUUGUGAUGAAAUAUUGAAGCAAUCACAAUGGCAUCAAAUGACUUGUACAUUUUUAACUUAACUUACAGAAUAUAUACAAGGAGCUUCAGAUGGCCGUCCGUGCAUUUUUAGAUGGUGAUGAUGGGUGUGAAGUAGAUGUCAAAUCUCACACAAUUCACCUGUCAUCUAUUUUUAAGUGGUACCGGGAAGAUUUUGGCAAAAACAAGGAAGAGGUAAGGAUGUCAAGCUAGAGAUGAUUAGAUGUGAAGCUAGUGAUGUUUAGAUGUGAAGCUAGAGAUGUUAAGAUGUGAAGCUAGAGAUGUUUAGAUGUGAAGCUAGAGAUGUUUAGAUGUGAACCUAGAGAUGAUUAGAUGUGAAGCUAGAGAUGUUUAGAUGUGAAGCUAGAGAUGUUAAGAUGUGAAGCUAGAGAUGUUAAGAUGUGAAGCUAGAGAUGUUUAGAUGUGAACCUAGAGAUGAUUAGAUGUGAAGCUAGAGAUGUUUAGAUGUGAAGCUAGAGAUGUUAAGAUGUGAAGCUAGAGAUGUUAAGAUGUGAAGCUAGAGAUGUUUAGAUGUGAAGCUAGAGAUGUUUAGAUGUGAAGCUAGAGAUGUUUAGAUGUGAAGCUAGAGAUGUUUAGAUGUGAAGCUAGAGAUGUUUAAAUGUCAAGCUAGAGAUGUUUAGAUGUGAAGCUAGAAAUGUUUAAAUGUCAAGCUAGAGAUGUUGAGAUGUGAAGCUAGAGAUGUUUAGAUGUGAAGCUAGAGAUGUUUAAAUGUCAAGCUAGAGAUGUUUAGAUGUGAAGCUAGAGAUGUUUAGAUGUAAAGCUAGAGAGGUUUAGAUGUGAAGCUAGAGAUUUAGAUAUCAAGCUAGAGAUGUUUAGGUGUCAAGUUAGAGAUUUUUACAUCUUAAAAAUAAACAAAUCAAAUACUUUUUCCCCUGGAGAUAUGAACCAAUUAAAAGCACUUCUAUAUUAAUUUAAAAAUUGCAGUGAAAAGUUAACAAUAUUCUAAUGAACAGUUAACAAUGUUGUAAUGAACAGUUAACAAUGUAUUUACAAUGAACAGUUAAUAUUGUUGUUUCAAUAAACCGUUAGCAUUGUUGUUACCAUACGAUUAACAGUUAACAAUGUUGUAAUGAACAGUCCACAUUGUGUUGUUACAAUGAACAUUUAACAUCGUUGCUCUAUUAUGAAAUAUAAGGAACAGUUAACAUUGUUGUUACUUUUUUAAUUGGAAUUUUGAACAUAUUUUUUAGUGCUCCUACAUGUUUUAAUUUUCCAUAUUGAGAUUUGUUUUAAAGUGCAUUAGAAUUUACUCCGAUGUGAAUUAGGUUAAAUAAGUAGUGAGCAAUAAACAUUUUCGAUCUUUCAUUGCUAAAUUUUAUUGCUAAUCAUGUAUUUAAUAUUUCUAUCUUCAGUUGGUAGAAUUUGUGGCUAGUCAUAUGGCAGAAGGACAAAAGCUGAAAGAUCUCAAAGCUGUCAUGGAAACUAAGAAUUUCAAAAUAUCUUUCCUCAAAUAUGAUUGGUCACUCAACUCCAAGGCUUAAGAUAAAAUAUGUCACUCAAUGCAAAGCUUGGAAUUUGAUUUGUCACUCAACUCAAACAUCUAUCUGACCCACAAAUCAUUGGGCGUUAAAGCUUGAAUGAAGCUGAAAUUUUCGGAUUUUUUUCCUUAAAACUAACAUUUUAGGUUUCAAAUGUUAACUUUAGGACUUAGAUGUUAACUUUUAGGACUCAGAUGUUAACGUAUAGGACUCGGAUGUAACUUGUAGGACUCAGAUGUCGCCAUGCUAAACAAAUUAUUCUAAUUAAUUUGAAUUAUUUUGUCAUGAAAGUGAUUUUUGUAUUCAUCACUCAUGGUACUGUAGCGAUAAUUACGAUAGAGGAGCUAGCACUAGCACUAGUAGCAGUUUAUGAUCUAAUAGAGGAAGUAGUGGAAAUAAAGUACUGAUGAAUUUUAUAGGCAUUAUAGAAAGAAAUAUGUAGGUCAUCAAUUUUUAAAUUUCAAUAAAACCAAUUAGCUUUAUGUUUAUCUAAACUGACAGACUAAAGUUUUUUGUGUCUGAUAAACAUAUUAUUAUUUAGAUGCUAAAAAGGAAACAGCAUUCAGUAGCACAGUCAUAUUAUUUCACUUAGCUAACAGAAUUCCAACAUUCAUACCAUAUUAUUCCUUGUCCAAUUACCUUAUGAUUCUUUGUCCAAUUUACCAUAUUAAUCCUUGUCCAAUUUACCAUAUAAUUCCUUGUACAAAUUACCAUAUGAUUCCUUUUCCAACUAACCAUUUUAUUCUUUGUCCAAUUUGCCACAUCAUUCCUUUUCCAAUUUACUAUAUAAUUCCUUAUCCAAUUUAACAUAUGAUUCUUUGUCCGAUUUAUCAUAUGAUUCCUUAUCUAAUUUACCAUAUGAUUCCUUGUCCAAUUUACCAUAUUAUUCCUUGUCCAAUUUACCGUAUGAUUCUUUGUCGUCCAAUUUACCAUAAGAUUCAUAGGGCAAUCUACUCUUAGAAUACUUUCAUGGGUCUCUGGUUUCAUUUUCUAUUAGCUUGAGGUAUUUUAGUGAUUCAAAUCAAAGUUACUUAAACAGAGUUGACACAACAGCACGCUUGCAUUUGACAGUUUGUGGGUUAAGAUAUGCCUGUUCACUAAACUUUCUGGUCUGCCAUAUGGAUGGUCAAUCAGCUUAAAGGUCUGUGAUAAGAAUGUUCAAUUAGAUUGAUGGUCUGUGAUAUAAUUGUGUCUUCUCCCAUGACUUUACACACUUGCUGUGGAUAUCAUAAUGAAAAUAACAAUGGCCACCACAUCAGUACCAACUAAUGGAAUGGUCGGCAUCACAUGACAGACCUGGAUCUGGACAAUGAACUUAUAGAUGAAAAGCCAGACAUGCAGAAAUGAUAGAUAAAAAUAUGUUUUGGUAAAAUGAAAAUCUCCAAAGAAGCUAUUUAGAAUCUCAAAAGAAGCUAUUUAGAAUCUCCAAAGAUGCUAUUGAGAAUUUCAAAGAUGAUAUUUACAAUAUCUAGCAAGUGAUAUUUUCUCUUCUUUGAAAAGUUUGAGUUUAUAUUUUUAAAGAGCUAUGCUUUCAAAGGGACACAAUGUAGUAAAAAGGACUAUUCAGGUAUCUUAAUAUUUCUUAUUUCCCCUGAUAAGGCUUUGUUUAUGACCAAGGCUUUGUUACCUGACAAUGCUAUGUCCCUCAGACAAUGCUGUGUGCCCUGACUAUGCCAUGUUCAUUGACAGCUUUACGUUACCUGACGAUUUUUUUUAUUAAUUCUUGUAUUCAUCAAGUUCAAAUGUCUAUUCUGUCUUAGCCAAACCCAAACAGCACAACUUACAUUUCCGGUAACAUUUACGGACCUGCGUAUCUAAUCCCAUCUACUGUGUGGGUUAUCCAACACCAUCCAUUGAGUAGGUUAUCAACUCAUUAAUUGAGUUUUGAGGGUAUUAUAUUCCAGGAUGAAGUAUUAAGAGCAUAUUUAAAAUAUCAACAAAACAAAGGAUUAUUUUUUGUCAUAUGCUAAAUGACCAAAUCAACAUUACACACUUAUGUUGUACGAACAUUAGAAACUGCUAAUGCUGCAUCCACAUUUAAACAUUUCUAAUGCUGUACAAUAAUCUCUACAACCACCUUACUUGCAUACAUUUUCAAUAAAAUAAUCUCUACAACCGCUUUAUUUGCAU